CCAGGUGCUGCUCUCAUUCACCAAGACAGAGGUGGACCUUCCAGAGGAGGAGUGUGGUCAAGACAAACCUAAUCUUGAGAGAUCCUGCAAUCAGGGGCCAUGCACAAAAUUUCCAGGUAUCUCUGCUAGCCUUGAGGACCAUGGAGCCACGUAUAUCCAGACAGAGGAGUUGUACAGCUGGGGCUACAGGGGCUUCACUACCUGCACAGCCACAUGUGCUUCUGAAAGCAGUUGUGAGGUGUGUGAACAAGAAGCUGGGUGUGGAGGUGGAGGACUCUUUAUGUGAGUCAUCCAGGAGGCCGCCUGUAAUGAUCCGCAUUUGUCACCCCCAGCCAUGCCCUCCAAGAUGGGAGGUGACAGCGUGGACUGGUUGCUCGGCGUCAUGCGGCGUUGGCAUACAGACCAGGGGUGUGUUUUGCAUGCGUCUGUUGUCUGUUGACCAGCAGGAUAUUCUGACUGUUUCAGAGGACGAGUGCAGGGAAUUCAAACCUGCCAUUCUGCAACCCUGCAACCAGGUGGACUGUCCUCCAGCCUGGGAGACUGAACCUUGGCAGCAGUGCUCUCAGUCCUGUGGUGGGGGUGUCCAGUUGCAGAAGGUCUACUGUAAGCAGCUUUUAUCCACAGGGGCAUAUAGGAGGCUGGGAGACAAGGCCUGCUGGGGGGACAAACCUGCCACCAACAGAAGCUGCAGCAACAUUGACUGUUUACCCUACGUGGCAGGAGGAGAAUGGGGAAAGUGCUCAGUAUCCUGUGGUUUGGGAAUCCAGCGAAGGGAGCCACUGUGUCGCCAGUUGACGGCCAUGGGUCACCAGGUGACACUAGCCAGGGAGCUGUGCUCAGCGUUGUCCUCCCCACCACUUGUGCGAACCUGCUGCAUGAUGGCCUGUCCCAAGCACAAGAAAGACAUCAGACCUAAAGACACAGAGAAGGGUCUGGUGAAGAACAAAGUCAAGCAGUCAACACGACAUCCAGCAAAGGCCAGAGGCUACAAGGAGGGAGUCAAACAGUGUCCAGUGCUCAUGGGUAUUCAUCAUAUCUACAUCCAGAACCGAAAGGAGAAACGCCUGCACCUGACUAUUGGCGGCCAUGCGUACCUUCUACCCAACACCUCCCUGGUCAUCAAAUGCCCUGUCAGAAAGUUCCCAAAAGCCUUCAUCCGCUGGCUGAAAGAUGGACACGUCCUGUCCAGCUCCAGACGCCUGGCCAUCACCAAGUCUGGCUCUCUGAAGAUCCACUUUCUAGGGACAGAGGACAUUGGGGUGUAUAAGUGUGUUGCUGGACCUGCCUCAGACAUCUUCACCCUCCAGCUGAUAGGUAGUGACAGCAGGUCAAAUAGCAGACCGUCUACUGUCAGCCCUAGUACCAAAUGGGAGGAGAUGCUGCCGAGUUGUCAUAGGCACGACUCACACCUGGAACUGGAGCUGAUCAGGCCUUGGGUUAGUGUGUCUCUGCUGCCCCCUGGUGCCCAGGAGGCCUCACUGCAUCCUCGGGUGGAGGAGAGGUUGAUUAAUAUCACCCUGCAGGCUGACAGAGGAGAGAUUGAGCAGGAGCAGGCCUCACAACUCAUCUCUUCACUGUUGACCCACAUGUCUGCUGCCCAACUCUGGACCAGGACUGCAGAGGGACGAGGACAAGCUAAAGACAAAUUGCCCAACUGGUCAGAGCGCCGUUCCUUUGAGACAGCUGGGAACAGACCAGUGAUCAUUAGACAGCAGCAGACCAUACUGCUGGCUUUUCAGAGAAACAUCAACAUCAGCGUUGGGAACAGUGCCCUCGUCACCAACGCCACACGAUCCCUGACCAUACUCUGUCCUGCAGAGGGCUUCCCGCCUCCCAAAAUCAGAUGGACCAAAGAUGGCAUUCUACUGCGGCACACUGACAGGGUGUCCUGGGAUAGUUCUGGAAGACUUCACAUCCUUCAGCCCAGAGCGAUCGACAGAGGCCAGUACAAGUGCACAGCUGCCAACACACACGGCUCCGAUUCUGAGACAUUUCAGCUACUGGUCGCAGAGCCACCAGCCAUCGCAGUGUCAUGGAGAAACGUUUCAGACCAUGGGAUGGUGUUGGGCCACAGCUUGAGGGUCACAGUUGGGGGACGAGUCAGCGUUCGCUUGGGCACUAACCUCACUCUGGACUGCCCUGUCACAGGCGUUCCUCAGCCCACAGUGACGUGGCACAGGAAGAAUGGAUCAGACACGGGUGCUGUUGUUCUUCCAUCUGGCUCGUUGUGGAUCCAAAAUGUUUCUCUACACAACCAAGGCACCUACUCCUGCACCGCCACCAACACCAUAGGAAAGUCAACUGCCUCUACUGUCCUGCAGGUCUAUGGUCCAUACCCCGCUGGAGGAAGCAGGGUUGUUCCAGUUGCACAAGAGCAAAAUCGAAAACGGGUCCUCAUGGCUUCACGCCGCGGAACAAGUGCCUUUGUCAAACCUGGAGAUAAUCUACGUAUAGGUUGUCCAGUAAUUCCUGACCACAAACUGCCAGUGCGCUGGGACUACAACAGUCACACCCUGAAGGAAGUUUCAGGUUCAGUCCAGACCCAGCGUUCUGCUCUGGGUCAGGGUCCCAGUACAGGACCCCUGCAGUACAGGAUGCUUGUGGGAGGUCGUGUCCUUGAGGUCAACACACUCCAGAUGAAAUUCUCAGGCCGGUACCGAUGCCAGACCCUCAUCAGCAGUACCAGACAAACACUGUCUGCCUGGAUUUACAUUCACACGGAAGAGUUCGGCUGGCGUUUUGGAGACUGGACGGCGUGCAGUGCUUCCUGUGGGAACAGAGGGACUUGGCUGCGGAGGAUUCAGUGUGUCACUCUGGAUGGAAAGGAUGUUCAGCACAGCAUGUGUCAACACAUACCCAAACCCAUCACUUCUCCAGUUCCCUGCAACAGACAGGACUGCCCUCCCAGAUGGUCGGUAUCAGAGUGGUCCAAGUGCUCUGCAUCAUGUGGCGGCGGCUGGAAACAGAGGCAGGUCUCCUGUCAGCAGCUGGAUGCCAGAGGUGCAUUGAGGAUUUUGACAGCAGCUUCCUGUGAGAGGAUGAGCCGGCCGGCAGAAACGGAGCAGUGCACCGCCAAUAACUGUCCGACCUGGGUAACCAGUCCAUGGGGAAAGUGUUCAGGGAGGUGUUCAGGGCCCACCACCACUGUACAGAAGAGAUCUGUCAUCUGCCAACAUGCCAAUGGCUCACUGAACAGAGACUGUGCACUCAGGGACAGGCCUGUGUCAGUACGCAACUGUUCCUCGGACCUGUGUGAUGUCCAGUGGCGUCCUGGUGCAUGGCGGCCUUGCACCGUAGUCUGCGGGAGUGGCUUUCAGUCCCGGAGGAUGGACUGUGUUCACCGCAGGAGUGCCCGGACUUUGGCUGACCAGCACUGUGCCUGGCUCCAGCGACCAUCCACCUGGCAGCACUGCAACAACACAUCCUGUGGGAGUGAAUGCAAGGACACCACCCAGUACUGCAGUGUGGUGAAGAGACUGAAGCUGUGCUAUGUGGAUAUGUACAAACAGAGAUGCUGUGGGUCAUGUUCACAGGAUGCCGACUCCACCUAGUGGCCGUGUGCAGUUAUAGCCACAUAUAUUUUGUUCGAUGGCCUACAUGAGACUGAAUAAAGACUGAAAUCAUCUGUGAGUUGAUGCUUCAAGAACUGCAUAUCUGUAAACAAACUUCAGUCAAAUUCUUUCCCUUCCUAAAAGGAAACUCAAUGAGCCUCAAAAGGAUGGAGGGAAGAGGGGCUUCAUUUUCUGAUUUGGACCCACCCUCCUGAUAUAAAGUGUUCACUAUGUGGAUCAAAUGGAGUUUUUGGACUUUCCUGCAAAAACAAAACAUUUUGUUUUCAAUGACAUUUGAAAGAGGUGGCCUGGCCAAAAAUGAAUAUAAUGAUGUUGUUUAUUGUAGAAUGCACAGUACUGCUCUCCUGUAAACAAGAUAUAUAAAUUUGUCACUAUUGACCUUUAGCAUUUAAGAGAUAUCAACCAGCCAUGUCAUCCACUACUGAUAUGAAUGAAGUUCAUCAUAUCAGCUUCUACAUAAAACUGCUUCUAAAACUUCAGUCAUACUUUUAUUUCUUUGAACUUUUACUUUAUUUAUUUGUUUCAUUGUUCAAACAUGUUUUUAUCAAAUGAUUCAUCUAAAAACAAUUCCUCUUUAUUACAACUCAGAUCUAAUUUUCAUACUCAUGACCAUUAUUUCCACUCACUGUUGUAAUUGCUGAGAGCAAGACAACAUCUGUAAACAAGAAGUCAGGCAAUCACACAGUUUUAGCCAUACUGUCCAAACCACUGUAUUUGGAGGUCAAUCUGAAAGUGAGUGAGAAAAUGGUGGCCAAAGGCCCAAAAAUUAGACCAAAGUUGAAAUAAACCAAAACUAUCCUUUAACCUCUCCCCUGGUACAGUGUGUCAUCUUGCUUUAAAGAGCUGCUAAUGCUAAGAGAAUAAGAAAGUGUGGGUUCCAGGGUUCCAUGGUGUCGAUGUUCAGAAGGCUUUUCCAUCCCAGGAUAAAAGUUUGGUAGACACAAUGAAUUCUUGUUCUUCUGUCUCAAGA